AACGCAAUAUCCUAUGUUCUUAUAUCUUUAUCCAAUGCUUUGUUCUGAUUUCAUGUGUUUUAAAUUAAGAAACCUGGAUCUUAGUCUUAUAUAUAUACAUAUCCUGGUGUCCUGCCUCCAACUUCUCUUAGGAAGAAGAGGAUAGAUGAAAAACCUUGGUUAAGUAAACAAAAACGAAACAAAGGAAUAGGAGAAAAAGCAGAGGAUCACACCAUAUUAAGUUCUCAAGUCUUAAAAAUUACCACCGACAGGGAAUUUUUCUGAAUUCAUAAAUGCCUUUCACAUUUUUGAAAAAUGACAAAUAAUAGAAGAGAAGAUAGAGACGUAUUAUAAUGAAAGCUUAAGUAAAUUAAAAACAAAAUCAUCACUUCGUUAAUAAAAGAAAACCAACUAACUAGGCUUGACUUGUACAGAGGAGGGCUAAAAGCAAAGGAAUUAUAUGAUUCAACUAUAACAGAGGGCUCUCAUGCAUUCGUAUCGUACGCUGUUAUUAAUUACUAAUUAGUAAAUGAAACAUUAUAAUUAAAUGAACCAUAAUGCCAAAACAGAGCCUAUUACGGACGACGGGGUGAGCAAGAGACCGACGCUUUAAUAAUCGAGGCCAAAUCCAAUUUCAUGACUAGUAAAAUCAGAGAUCUUAGCUUUAAUAUUGCAACGGAUGCGAAAAAGAUUAAUAUGAUUCGUGUUUAAUUAUUUAUUAGUUUAUCGAAUAUUAGUUUAUAAAGGUUUUUAGAAAAAAACUACAAACUUAAUUAUGCGAUAUUCCAAUCCGAGUUACACGUUAGAAAAAUUAACAAACGUGGAACCUACUCCAAUCUCUUGUGCAAAGUGUUCAUACUUUUAUAAGCCAAGUAGUCUUGGGUAGUGCCACACUCUGUCUCCUUAUUUAUACCAGCAUUUAGACAUGUUCUGUCUUACACCAAAAAAAACAAAACAUUUUCUGUCUAUUUGCUCAACCAAAAUUAUUCUUCUUAAAAGUCUUCGAAGAAGAAAAUGUCGAAAUGCUCUAUGCAUUUGAAUUUUCUCUUGGUGCUCUUAUUCUGUUGUGUCUCUCCUGCAAGCUUCGACCUUUUGGUAGAAAAUCCUGUUGCUGGUCUUGUUGCGUGUAGUCCCCGUCAGAUUCAAGCUCUGACGCAGUUCAAGAACGAGUUUGAUACUCGUGGUUGCAACCAUAGUGACAACUCAAAUGGAGUCUGGUGCGAUAACUCCACGGGUGCGAUCACAAAGUUACAACUGAGUGAUUGCCUCAGUGGAACCUUGAAGCCCAACAGUAGCCUCUUCAGUUUGCAUCACCUUCGUUACCUUAAUCUGUCUGAAAACAACUUCAGUUCCUCUUCACUUCCCACUGAAUUUAGCAAUCUCAAAAAACUAGAGGUCUUGUCUCUUUCCUCAAAUGGUUUCCUCGGUCAAGUUCCUUCCUCAUUUAGUAACCUAAACAAGCUUUCUGUUUUAAGCCUUUCUAAGAACGACCUCACUGGACGUUUCCCUCUUGUGUGGAAUCUAACCAAGCUUGUACUUUUAGACCUUUCUGAUAAUCAUUUCUCUGGACCUCUGAAUCCAAAAAGUGCACUCUUUGAGUUGCACCAGCUCCGUGACCUUUUUCUUAGCAAUAACAACUUCAGUUCUUCACUCUCUUCAGAAUUUGGCAAGCUCAGCAAUUUAGAGGUUUUGUAUCUUCCUUCUAAUGGCUUUUCCGGUCAAUUUCCUCCCACAAUUAGUAAUCUAACCAAGCUCAAAGUUUUAAGACUUUCCAAUAAUCACUUAUCUGGAACACUGGCUCCUAACAGUGGCCUCUUUGAGUUGCAUGAGCUCCGUUUCCUUAUGCUAGAUUACAACAACUUCAGUUCCUCACUCCCUUCUGAGUUUGGCAAUCUCAACAACUUAGAGUUUUUGUAUCUUACCUUUAAUCUUUUCUCCGGUCAGAUUCCUCCCACAAUUAGUAACUUAACAUCUUUAGUUAUAUUGUUCCUUGCCGAAAACGAGCUCACUGGUAGUUUCCCGCUUGUGUGGAGUCUAAGCAAACUCUCCAUGCUAGACCUUUCAGAUAAUUACUUCACUGGAACACUGAACCCCAACAGUGGCCUCUUCGAGUUGCAGGACCUACGUUACCUUAACCUAGGUUACAACAACUUCAGUUCAAAACUCCCGUCCGAAUUUGGCAAUCUCACCAUAUUAGAGGUCUUGUCUCUUGAAUCUAAUAGCUUCACAGGGGAAAUAAUAUGCAACGUAAGCUCUCUUUUUGGUCUUGUCCUAAGCUACAACAACUUCACUGGUCAAGUUCCUCCUUGUCUUAGUAACAUUCCAUUUGUGAUUCUUCGAGAGAACAACUUGGAAGGUUCACUUCCAGACAAUUUUUACGUCGACGCUUCUGUGCAGACACUUGACGUUGGACGCAAUCAGUUAGUCGUGAAGCUUCCAAAGUCUCUUAUAAAUUGCUCCUCUUUAAGGGUGCUAGUGGUUGACCACAAUAGUAUCAAAGACACGUUUCCUUUUUGGCUCAAGGCUUUACCAAAUUUGCAUGUCUUUAUCCUUCGGUCAAACGAUUUCUAUGGCUCCAUUUCUCCUCCUGAUCAAGGUCCUCUGGGGUUUCCUGAGCUGCGGAUACUUGAAAUAUCUGAUAAUAAUUUCACUGGAAGCUUGCCAACAAAUUAUUUCUUGAACUGGAAAGCAUCAUUGCCCACGACAAAUGAAGAUGAGGGUGGUUUAUACAUGGCCUACAAUAAGACUGCUUAUGCUCCAAUAUUUUAUACCUACACUGAUGUAUUAGAUUUGCAGUACAAAGGUAUAUCAAUGGAGCAGGAGAAGAUCCUUACUUUCUACGCGGCCAUUGAUUUUUCUGGAAACAAACUUGAAGGACAGAUUCCUGAAUCCAUUGGUCUCUUGAAGGCAUUGAUUGCACUCAACUUAUCAAACAACACCUUCACAGGCCAUAUCCCUCUGUCUUUGGCUAACCUCACGGAGCUCGAGUCACUUGAUCUAUCAAGCAACCAACUCUCAGGGACUAUUCCUAAUGGACUUGGGAGCCUCUCCUUUUUGGCAUACAUAAAUGUUUCUCACAACCAACUUAAGGGUGAAAUACCACAAGGAACACAGUUUAGUGGGCAAGCUGAAUCAUCAUUUGAAGGGAAUGCAGGUCUAUGUGGUCUUCCUCUGAAAGAAAGAUGCAUUGGGAGUAAUGUAUCCCCAACACAACAACCUAAGGAUGAAGACGAAGAAGGAGAAGUGUUGAGCUGGAAAGCAGCUGCGAUUGGGUAUGGGGCUGGAAUGUUGUUUGGAUUGACAAUAGCACAAGUUAUUGCUUCAUUCAAGCCGGAGUGGCUCACCAAGAUAAUUGGUCCGUAUAAGCUCAGAAACCACUAGCAUUGCUUCAGUUUAAGUUUUAUCUUUCCUUGUUUUUAUCAAGUAGUUGUGGUCUUGUAUUGAAGCUUUUCCUUAUGUUUUAUGUUCUAUGUAUGAUACUUCGUUUGCUUUCUUCUUCUAUCAAAUAAGAAUGGUGUGUUUUCUGUAGUCAUAUUCAUAUGCGUCUCUGUUUUUUAUUUUCUAAUGAGGAAAAUGGUAGAAGCCAAGGACCAUGACCAUCCCCAUAAGCGCAAAGGCUUAAUCUAAACUUUACCUAAUGAAAAAAAUUAGGAGAUUGAAGGAAACAUCAGAAACCCAAAAUUAAAAUUUUAGAUUACAAAAAAAAAAACCAUGCCUCACCCUGAGCACAACUGCACAAGUACCUAAUCUUAUAAAUAAGUAAACCCCAACAGCUCACAUCUUUUUCAAAACAUUCAUACCCUAAAGGAUCAUUUCUCAAUACUAAGUACCAUCAUAUUCCUUUCCCCUAACAAAAUAAUAAAAAGAGACAAUAUGGAGCUAGUAAUCUCUCAGAGUGUUCCUCUUAUUCUUUUCAAGUUUUAAGUACAUUUGAAGCCAUGACAAACUGAGAGGAUGAUGAUGAGAAUCAAAGCAAUGAUAAUACCAGCGACUAUGAGCUUAAUCUUCAUGUUCUCAAACCACAUCUUUCUUCUUAUCUUUGUUCCUUGCGUUCUGAAAUCUUGUGCCUGUAGAUAUUCGAAUUGGAAAAUAUAAGAGCUUACCGUAUAUGCAUACACAGAAGUUUUUCCCUUGAUUGAAUGAAUUAAAUUGCUGAAGAAGAAGUUUAUCAAAAAACCUCUGACAUAUAUGAGUGGAAGGUAAAAGUACUUACCUGUGAACGAAGGUCUUCAGUUUUGUCCACUAGAAGCUCAAUUUUCUCACCACGGUCAAGGACCUGCCAUUAAACGAAUUACAUAAACUCACUCAGGUUUGCAGAAGUGGGUCACUUGAGAAAUAUUUUUUCAGACAUUUAGCCAUUUAUGACAAACAUGCUCAAGUUAAUAAAGCAGAAUUGUGAGAUUUGACAUAUUAUAUACUAUUCUAACCUUCUCAAUGUUCUCCAUCAUAACACCUUUCACCUCAGUCACCUGAGCCUUAACCUUAGCAAGUUUGUUAAUCUCCUCAGGAUGAUCCACACAGUACUGCAUAUGCUCCUUCAGUUUAGACCUUUACAACCAAAAGAGUUAUAUAAAAAAAAAAGAUAUCCACAAAGACUAAUUAAAGAGGAAGUUUGUGUGUUUGACAUUCUGAUGGUAGAGUUAUAAAGUACCCAAACUCUUUGUUCAAGCUAUUGGGUUUAGCAGUGGUAGCCUUUCCACCACCAUAUCUCUUGUUGAAAUCUUCCUUAACACGCUCCAAGAAGGCCAUUGGAAUCUGCCUCCCAACCGAUUCAACAGCAACAACACAAUACGCUACACAAACAAACAUUCUUUUGUCAGAUCCAUGAAACAAAUCCUAAUGUGUUAUACACUAGUCGUCAAGAACCAAUUCAUCAAACAUGAAGCAAACAACUAAGUCUUGUGAAAAACAAGCUAUACAUAAAAAACCUCAACCGAAUUAGAACAACAAUAAAACAAAGAUCGAGAGAUAUCCGAACCAAGAUAUGUAGCAGUAAGUAAGAAAAGAAAAACAUAUAAUCUGAUCCGACAUACAUCCAUCAAUACAAAAGAAAACUAACUUCAGACAAACAUUGGCAAGAAACCCUAACAUAUGUCCAAACGCACACAAAGGACCCCUUUACAAAAGCAGAACAAAUGCCAUAGAUAUACAAACCAAUAAAGAGAAUCAUAUUCAACAACGUGGUGGGUUGAUAGAGAGACUCACUGAAGCCAUUUACGACGAGGUAAUUGAAGGUGUGACCGUCGCAGUUGUAGGUAAACUUGUUGUUCGAAGAAGGAAGCUUCUGGAGGCACUGUGCAGCAACGGAAGUAAAGUUACCUUUAAACUCAGUAUACUCGGCGAGAAUCACCGUGCCACGAGCCACGAAGCUGUAGAUCAAGUUCUGUUGUCCCAUUGUUCUCUUUGUUCCGAAGAAGAAGAAGAAAAGCAAACCCUAUAUCGCACCACAAAUCUGAAUAUUGAAUUCGAUGAAAGAGAACAGUGUCUUUUUCAGUUUUCUUGAUAUGCACGUAAGUAAGAAAGAUCCAAAAUAAAAGGGAAAAUGAAAGGGAGAGAGAGAGAUGGGGUCGACGCUGUGUUCGUUUGAAAGUUUUUCUUGUAAGUUGAAAACAAACAACAAAAGUUGAAAACGCUGGAUUUUCGCGUGAGGUAUCAAGAGAGAAGUUUCCCUUUUUAUCACGGUCUCGUUCUGAUUAAUUAGUAUCAGUUUCAUAAUUUUAUUUAAUACAGUAUAUUUAAUUAAUCCUUUAUUUUAUGUAUCUGCUUUCUAGGUUGUAAACUUGUAAUGCACAUUUAUCUUAGAUCCAGUGGACUUAAAAAUGUGUAAAUUGCACCUGUUUCGCAAUAAAAAAUUAUGAAAAAAAUUAUUUCCAAAUUACAUUUUUUUUUUACAUUUUCCAUGCAUUUUUCAGUUAAGACUAACUAAUUAUAAAUUUU